CAGAAAAGAAAACUUACCAAGUUGUGCAAUUCUACUAAUAACCGCCAUAACCUGCCAUGGAACAACUUGCAGUUUUCACUGCAUUCACAGCUGCACUCUUGCUUGCAGCAAAUGCUUUACCUACCAUUAGUGACCACAGCAGCCAGCUCACAGAUGAUGCCCCUACUGAGCUGCAUAGCCUCAACCAACCUCGAAGUCAAGCUAAAGGAGUCUUUGGAUUUUCAUACAAUGCCAAUGGGGAGCAUGUCAUCGAAAAACAUUAUGAGAACACCGAAGAAAUUGAAGACAUGAUGUUCGAAGACUCUUCAAUGGAGCAAGAAAACAGUGAACAGUACCGGAACAAAAGAAAUGCCGUGUCAAACCUAUGGCCUGGUGGGAUUAUCCCUUACGAGAUAGCACCCGAGUUUGAUGCUCAGGAGAGGAGGAUCAUACUGCAAGCAAUGCGUCAUUGGGAAGAGAACACUUGCAUUCGUUUUCGCCCUAGAGGCUCUGAUACCUACUCCAUUCGAAUAGUGACCAGUUCACCUGGAGACUGUCGAUCUUACCUAGGACGGACAAGAAUACGACCUCAACCAUUGUUUCUUGGUCCCAACUGUGUCCGAUUUUCUACUGCAGUCCACGAGUUUGGCCAUGCAAUUGGAUUCUACCAUGAACAUAGUCGUAGUGACAGGGAUGAAUAUGUGACUAUCCUGCAAAAUAAUGUUUUUCCUGGCAUCACUGGAGCGUUUGGAAUAAGCUAUGGAAACACCCUUGGACUAGGCUAUGACUAUGCCAGUAUCAUGCACUACUCUAGCAGAGCAUUCUCAAGAGAUGGACGAAGUGAAACCAUACAAACCAACCAACCUGACAUCCCAAUUGGAGAGGCUGAGGAACUGAGUCCUCUGGACAUAUUAAAGGCAAACAAGCUCUACAACUGCCCUUGCCCACUUUCUCCUCCGAACACUGUUGUUCCACCGGCCUUACCUCCUGUGAACCCCAGCCUCAGCCGCUGUGGAACAGUGGAGGUUCUGAGUGGUGGUGAGAUGAGAACAGUACGAUCCCGUGGGUACCCAUCUCACCUCCCAAAUCAAGCGUGUGCCUUUGUGUUUCAAUGUCCCAGUGGUUUCCUUCCUCAAAUCGAAUUUCCAUCAAUGAACUUAGAAUCAAGCUCUGGUUGUACUAAAGAUUAUGCUCAACUCUAUUUUGGUUCGAGCUUGGACAAUCAGGAUAUUAUUAGAUAUGGUGGUCUCACCGAUGGAAGGAUCUGCGGAAAUCGAUACAGUCGAACAAGAUUCUUUGCAAGUACCAACACUAUUACCGUCUUUUAUCGAACUGACAGUUUUGGGGGAAGCACUGGACUUCAAAUUAAAAUCACCUGUUUAGAUGAGGAUGAAUGUCAAAGUGCCAGAUGUGACAACUGUAGAAAUACUCAGGGUUCAUUUGAGUGCAGUUGUAAAAAAGGUUACUAUUUUUCAAAAGCUGCGACAACCUGCUACGAUAUAAACGAAUGUGCCUACCAGAAUGGAGGGUGUGAAUACAAAUGUGUCAACAUGGGUGGCUCUUACAGAUGUCAGUGUCCAUUUGGUCAGUACGUACAAUCGGAUGGCAAAAGCUGUGGACCUAGACAAUCUAACCGUUCAUUGCCAAUUGCACCACAAUUGCCGUCAUCAUGUCCUGUGACACCCCCUCCCACUAUAACUACACCACGUCCUACUACACGCCCCACCUCCCGUCCUACUACACGCCCCACCCCCCGUCCUACUACACGUCCCACCCCCCGUCCUACUACACGCCCUACCCCCCGUCCUACUACACCCCCCACCACCCGUCCUACCACAUCUCCUCCUUCCCUAUGCGGUGGAAGUUUAACAGGUGAUUUUGGAAGCUUACAAACUCCUUCUUGGCCUGCGACUUACCCUUUCAAUUUUGACUGUGAAUGGAACAUCCAAGUGCCUUCUCCAGGAUGCAAUGUUCGCCUCACAUUCAAUUCAAUCUUUGGAAUAGCUGGAAAAACAACUGAAAACUGUUCCAAAGAUUAUUUAAAGAUCUACAAUAAUAACGGCCGCUUGACUCGCACCAUUUGUGACCUUGGUAGACCUUUUCCGAUCACUACAACUGGCAAUACCAGACUAUACUUCUUUGCUGGACCAUAUCAUGGACCAAAACGUACGGGAUUCAGGAUUGAGUACAUGAUAGUCUGUCCAACCACUCCCCCGCCUACCACCAGGCCAACUACAGUAGCCACGACAUCACCAGAUCCAACCACUCCCCUACCUACCACCAGGCCAACUACAGUAGCCACGACAUCACCAGAUCCAACCACUCCCCUACCUACCACCAGGCCAACUACAGUAGCCACGACAUCACCAGAUACAACUACUCCCCUACCCACCACCAGGCCAACUACUAGACCCACCACCCGUCCUACCACAUCUCCUCCUUCCUUAUGCGGUGGAAGUUUAACAGAUGAUUUUGGAAGCUUACAAACUCCUUCUUGGCCUGCGACUUACCCUUUCAAUUUUGACUGUGAAUGGAACAUCCAAGUGCCUUCUCCAGGUUGCAAUGUUCGCCUCACAUUCCAUUCAAUCUUUGGAAUAGCUGGAAAAACAACUCAAAACUGUCCCAAAGAUUAUUUGAAGAUCUACAAUAAUAACGGCCGCUUGAUUCGCACCAUUUGUGACCUUGGUAGACCUUUUCCCAUCACUACAACUGGCAAUACCAGACUAUACUUCUUUGCUGGACCAUAUCAUGGACCAAAACGUACGGGAUUCAGGAUUGAGUAUACGAUAGUCUGUCCAACCACUCCCUCGCCCAUCACCAGGCCAACUACAGUAGCCACGACAUCACCAGAUCCAACCACUCCCCUGCCCACCACCAGGCCAACUACUAGACCCACCACACCUCCAACCACCCUCGCUCCCACUACGCUACCACCACCCACUCCGAAUUGCCCUGUUUUACCAUCCAACCCUCAAGGAACGUUCGGUUGUGGUGGAUUCUUCCAGAUAGGUCAAAGUUUCGGACCUACUAAUCUGCCCUUUGGGCCUUUCCUUGGCACUACAAAGCCUGAAUGCAAUUGGAUAAUUUUCGGUGUUGGACCAUUCCAAGUCGUGUUCAAUUAUUUCGAUAUUCCCAGCAGUAGGCAAUGUUCGUCUAAUUCUGUUUCGGUGCACGAUGGAUUUGGAACUGGUUCAAAUUCUCCAUUGAUUGAGAAGAUGUGUGGGGAGAAGUGUGGCGAGUACACAGUCAAAGGGACAGGAAAUAUCAUGACCGUGACUCUGCGGGUGUCUUCCCCAGGAUCGUUCAGAGGAUUCUAUGCACAAUCACAAAAAAUUUAAGUGAUAAACCAACAUUUAUAUAAAUCAUAAUUAUUUCACAUAAUAUAUUUUGAUCGUCACUUUAUUCUAAUCACUGAAAGCCAUAUAUUUUGCUGUGAAUCAUAGCGUGUUCGUUAUUAUUAUUACAUUGGUUAAAAACUAAA